UCAGUUAAUACUUAACUACACUGAAACCUCGAGAGAUGAAAAUCUCAAUCGUUUUUAUCUUAAUCUACGUCUUCGCUUCAUCCUGGAGUCAAGAUGAAACAGUGUUUCACUGCUCUCCCAAGCCGGGUUGCCAGAUUGCACAAUGUGAUCCGGUUGCUGUAAGAUGGGACAGACCAGGUUUCAACAUUGAUGAACAUCUGCAUGACAAAGAGUUUCCGAUAACGUGCAAAUCCAAGCAUGCGCCACAGUCUCGAAAUACUGCUGACUUGUUUCCUUUAGUAUCCAGGAAUAUUUUAGAUAUUGGAAAUAUCAGAUCAGAUUUAAGGAAACUGGAAGAAAACUUCGAAAAUAAAAUGGAAAAAAUUGAUGGUUCUGGAAAUGACGAAAGUGGCAACAAGUUUAAAGAACAAUCAGCAAAAAUUAACAAACUUGAAAGGAAUGUUGAACAGCAAUCUGACGAAAUGAAGAAAUUGAAGAAAGAUUUGGUUGAAGUUCAAAGAACGAAUAACAUUUUGGUGGAAGAAUUGAAUGAACAAAAGAAAACAAGCGACGAAAUGAAGAAAGAUUUGCUUCAAGUUCAACAAACAAAUAUAAAUUUGAUAAAAGAAUUGGAUCGCAAGAAGAAAACCAUCGAUGAGAUAUCGAAAGGAAACUGCGAACUAAAGGUUGGAAAUAUCUGCUAUUUCGCUGUGAUACUUGAUGAUAUGGAUGUCAGCUACGACAAUGCAGUUGAUAUUUGUAAGAAACGUAACGCAGAUGUUGGUUUGAUUCGAGAUGAAGGAUCUUAUAAUGCGAUUAUGAAUUACACGAGAAGGAAUAUGCCAAAGGAAAAGAAGUGGGUUCAAAUAUGGACAGGAAUUAAGAUUGAUCCAAUGACUGGUGACGUCACACCUGCAUAUUUAUUCACUAAAUGGUAUCCAGAUCAUCCAGCCACGGGAAUUCUAAAUGAAGAUCGCACAAAUGUUUGCCUUGUUGUUAAAGCAGACCCGAAUGAUCGUCGUCAAGGGAUGGCGAAUGUUUAUCCUAUCUAUAAGCAGCAUGGAGUUAUUUGUGAGAUCCUGAUAUAAUGAAACGACUGUCUGGUUGUUUUUUGUUCCUUUAUUAUCAAUAAAAUAUAAAUCAUUGAAUCCCAGUUAAAUUUAUUCGAUUAGCCUUACGCUGAUCCAUGUCGUUAUCACAGCUAUAAUGAGGUAAAUGAAAUUACGGUAAAUUUUGUAUUAUCCAAACGUAAAAAUGAUUCCUACUUUCGAAAUUUUCCAGUCCUGCAAACAAUUUAUUUAAAAUCAUAUAUUAUCGAAUAAUAGUUGGUUUUUUCAUAAUGUUAUUUUCCUUGUUUUGCUGAUCUUACUAUUUGAGUUGUAAAUAAUUUAAAUUUGAAUGAAAAUUGAAGAUUUAGUCGCGUAAAUUUGGA